UUAAGACACGUUAUCCCCGUCAUUGUCACAAUCAUUAGUAUCUUCCCUUCCCAUUCUCUUUGAUCCAUUCAUGACGCGCUCUUUCGUGGGUGGGCUAUAUAAAUGUUGUUUGUGUCGUCUCCUUACUCCUUUCGCAUCUCGCGAGAGCUCGUCGGUGUAUAUAUAUGCCGCGUAAAUGGUGCACCCUCCUUUUGUUUACGCGAGUAUCGCUGUUGAGUGACGCGAGUUAAGUGCGAAGAAGACCAAGUCCGCAGGCGAAGAGAGCGAAGCUUAAUUUCUUUUUUUCUCCCAGCACCCCCGAAUAUCCAGAAAUCUUUAAAUCGUCACGAAGAUGAUGCAUUCAUUGAUAUUACGGAUUAACAUUUAUCAUGUUUUAUACCUUUUUCUGCUGUUUGGGACUGCAUUUGGUGGUUUUUACGAAACGGUACCGAAUAUAAUCGUCAUCUUGGCCGAUGAUUUGGGGUGGAACGACGUCGGUUUCCACGGCUCGGAUCAGAUACCGACCCCGAACAUAGACGCCCUGGCGUACAAUGGAAUUAUAUUAAACAGGCAUUACGUCUUACCGUCCAGCACGCCUUCCAGAACCGCAUUUUUCAGCGGAAAAUAUCCGAUACGUAUGGGUAUGCAGGGAGAAAGUAUACAGGGUGGCGAGCCCAGAGGGCUGCCCCUCAACGUGAGGAUCCUGCCGGAAUACCUGCGGGGACUGGGGUACACGACGAAGCUGAUCGGGAAGUGGCACUUGGGAUACCACACGCCACAGUACACCCCCUUGCACCGUGGCUUCGAUUCCUUCCUUGGCUUUUAUAAUAGUCACGUUUCGUAUCGUGACUAUAAAUACUCGUAUCAAAUGAAAUACACCCUUUACGAGGGUGGGGUGAGAGGAGUCUCCGUGUUGUGGUCACCAAAAUUGCAUAAAGCAGCACGUGUGUGCGACAACCUGGUGCACAUAUCCGACUGGCUGCCGACCCUCUAUGCCGCCGCUGAAGGCGAUCUGAGGGAUUUGGGGGAGAUCGACGGGAUGAAUCAGUGGCCAAUGUUGGACAAAGAUGAACCGACAGUCAGGGACAGGCUGUUGCUGAACAUCGACGAGAUUUCCACGACCGAGGGCGCCAUAUUCAAGCACUACAAACUUCUUCGAGGAUCGAUCGAGAACGGCCAUUACGACGGGUAUCAUCGCGAUUAUGAAAGAAAUUAUACACCACAUACCUGGCGUUACUACAACGAUUCGAGGAAAAGCACACAUGAGUAUGUGCCACCCUAUUACGAGGCCAUUCUGAACAGCACGGUGUCGCAGAGCAUCAAAUAUCACCUGGGCGGUCCGGUUACUCAGCCCAGCACAAUAAUGCAAUUACGUCAAGACGCCACGGUAAAUUGUCGAUCAAACGCCAGUUUAUACAAUUUCAUCACUUGCAACGUCACCGAGUGCCUCUUCGACAUCAAGAACGAUCCCUGCGAAACGAAGAACGUCGUCAAUCAAUAUCCGAGGAUCGCUCGGGAACUAGAUCAGAUUCUGGAAAACUACUCGCGCAGUAUCGCGAUACAAGUUAAGCCGCCGGUCGAUUGGCUCGCUGAUCCAAGAAGAACGAACAAUACGUGGGAGCCGUGGAUACCGUCGGGCGACGGCACAUAUUUGUACAACGCGGCGGCCCAGUUGGCCGGUUUGGCGUGUUACCUUCAUAUCGGGAUCGUUCUCGUGGCGGUCGUGUGCAAAGCUUUCGUCUGAACAAAAUCAAUUGUUUGAUCCGAUCGAAAUUGAUAGACGUGUUAUUACGUGUUAUUAACGUAAUUCCAUCCCGGUCCAUCUAGAAUAAUUCAUUGCCACAUUGGAGCCGAUUUCGAGGUAUUCCUGUGUCUACGUUUUUUUUUCUUUCUUUUACGCGUUCUGACGGGGAGGAUCACACAAUGUAAAACGUGCAAUGUCAUAACACGAUAAUGCACGUGGCAAGUUGUACACGCAUAAGUUACAGAUACGUUAAACGUGAACUAUGUCCGAAUUAGCAUUUGCAUUGUUCGACAAAUUAGCAUUUGUAUUGUCACUUUGUCGCGUAUUUAUGUUCUAUCGCAUAGUAUUAUAGAUUUUUUUCGACUAUAAAACGUGACGAGAUUAUUAUACGUGACAUUGUCACUUCGACAGACAGACUUGACGAAAGUUUUACUGAAUUUAUUAAAUUUUUUACGUCCGUUUGACGUCACUGUAACAUUGCAAGUUAUUUAGAUGCAAUAUGGCUUAGUUAUCUCACAUUGCAACCUAAAGAGAAUAGAGAAAAAAUAAUAUGUGCGUCGAAAGGAAGUCUUAUCUCGGACAAUUCAUCUUGAAAAGAUAAUUUUACAGACUUUUCCAAGCGUGUGUAUAAAUUUUCUUAUUUUCUCAAUGAAUUUUUGUUAACCUUUGAUUGUCACUGGGGUCAUGGUGACUCCAGCUUUUUUACUUUGGAAACAGAUAUCUCCGAAGUAUAGCACUCAAUUGCAUCAUCUAGCUGUAGUAAUUUGAAUUUUCUUCUCUAGGCAGUAACGCUGUGCAGCUUAAAAUUCUCGUGCGUGUUUGGCAACCAUUAGAAAGUGACCCCGAUGUGACAAAGACGUUGCUUUUACUCGUGACUGAAUAAAUCUUUUUCUGUUUAAAAUUUAUCUAUAAAAUAUAAAUAUGACGUGUGAAAAUUUUUUUUUUUUUUUUCAUUUCAGUUGAUAAUUUAAUCACACACACACACACACGACAACCGAAGAUUAAUUAACUUCCUAUAUAAUCAAUAAAUUUCGGACGCACAUACAUCUCUUAUACUCUAAUACGCGACUUCAUCGAGAAUCGACAUUUAGACUGAUCUAAACUUUCCGGUUGCGAAACACCUAUCUCAAUUAAUUCGCAUUCAAACCUAUGUUUGUCAUUUCUUCGCAGUACAGCACGUAGUCUUGCACGCGUAGUUGAGGAUUGUAAAUACAAAACAACUAAUUCUGAAAGGACAUAAAUCUGUUAAUGUAACAAGAUCACUUAUCUUGAGUUUUUUCCGUUAAUUUUGCUUUUUAUUGCUU